UGCUUGCGUUGAUAAGGGAAGGAGCGACAAGGCAAAAGAAGCGCCACUUAUUUUCUUGAAGAAAGAAACAAUGGCUUUCUCCUCCAGCACCUUCUCAACAAUCCCUGCAUUUCUCUACAAAAGCACUCUCCAUGCACCGAAUGGUAAAACAAGGCUUAGACCGCCCAUCACUGCUACGCUCGCAGAGAAGAAGAAUACCAACGCCUUACAGUACAGGAAACUUGGAGACUCUGAUCUUGAAAUCAGCGAAAUCACUAUGGGAACUAUGACAUUUGGGGAACAGAACACAGAGAAAGAAGCUCAUGAAAUGCUUAGCUAUUCAUUUGAUCAUGGAAUCAAUAUUUUUGACACUGCAGAAGCGUAUCCUGUUCCGGUGAAGAAGGAGACACAAGGAAGAACAGAUCUCUAUGUUGGUAACUGGUUGAAGUCUCAACCCCGAGACAAGGUUAUUUUGGCUACAAAAGUAUGUGGGUAUUCGGAGAGGUUAAGUUAUCUUCGUGGCAAUGCUAAGGUUUUGCGGGUUGAUGCUGCUAAUAUUAAAGAGAGUGUGGAGAAAAGCCUCAAGCGCCUUGGCACUGAUUACAUUGACCUGUUGCAAAUCCACUGGCCUGAUCGCUAUGUACCAGUGUUUGGUGAGUUUUUGUAUGAUUAUUCAAAAUGGAGACCAAGUUUGCCAUUUGUGGAGCAACUGAAGGCCUUUCAAGACCUGAUUGAUGAAGGAAAGGUACGCUAUAUUGGUGUUUCAAAUGAGACUUCAUAUGGAGUGAUGGAGUUUGUUCAUGCAGCCAAAGUUGAAGGAUUGCCAAAGAUCAUCAGUAUCCAAAACAGCUAUAGUCUGCUAGUUAGGUGUCGUUUUGAAGUUGAUCUCCUUGAAGUCUGCCACCCAAAAAAUUACAACAUUGGCUUGCUUGCUUACUCUCCAUUGGCUAGUGGCAUGCUGAGUGGGAAGUAUUUGGAUGCUAACUCCGAGGCUGCAAAGAAAGGAAGGCUGAACCUCUUCCCUGGCUACAUGGAGAGAUACAAAAAUUCACUCUCCAGGGAAGCAACCGUACAGUAUAUUGAAUUGGCCAAGAAGCAUGGUCUAACUCCAGUUGAGCUUGCCCUUGGAUUCGUUCGAGACCGUCCAUUUGUGACAAGUUCAAUCAUUGGCUCAACUUCUCUUGAGCAACUAAAAGAAGAUAUCGAUGCUAUUAUGACAGCCCCGCGACCUUUGCCAGCUGAAGUAACUGCAGAUAUUGAAACUAUUUUCAAGAGAUACAAAGAUCCGUCCAUCAUUUAACUGUCGUUGCCUUAAGAGUCUGUUGUAAUCUUUUAUGCAAAAUUUCCCAUGUAAAAAUACAGCUCUCUUCAUUUUUAUUUCAAUACAAAUUCAUUUUCUUUA